UUGGCUGUAGGCUACUGACAGCGCUACUUGGUAUUGGCUGUAGGCUACUGACAGCGCUACUUGGUAUUGGUUGUAGGCUACUGUAGGCACUGCUUUUUAUCACCGCUUUGCUAUUCGCAUUUAUCCAUAGAGACCCUUAGACUUGAGCGUUUGCUGGGGGGAGUUUACGCACCUGCAACUUUGGACUGAUCUGGUCAAUUCGGGAUGGAAUCCAACGGCAAUGCAGAAACACAUGGGUUAGAGAGAGAUGCAGACGUCCAGUUGUUGCUGGUGGGGGGAGAGCUGCUGAAGGUAAGGUCCUCCUCCUGGAAGAAGAACCGCUUCUACAAGCUGCAGGAGGACUGUGCAACCAUGUGGCACGAGUCACACAGGACAUUCAAGCGCAACCAGACCUUCUCCAUUGAUGAGAUAGAUUCUGUGCGUAAGGGCCGUCAGUCGGAGGGUCUUCAGAAGCACACAGAGGCCCACGUUGAGGACCGCUGUUUCUCCAUCUUCUUUAAGGGCCGCAGGAGGAACCUGGACCUGGUGGCGACCUCGGCGGAGGAGGCUAGGCAGUGGGUCAAUGGCCUGGAGAAGAUCAUCUCUAACAUGAAGAAACUCAACAGCCAGCAGACGAGCGAGCACUGGAUCUUCAACUGUAUGAGGAAAGCAGACAAGAACAAGGACAACAAGAUGACCCUGAAGGAGCUGAAACACUUCCUCCGCCAGAUCAACAUCGAGGUGGACGACAUGUACGCUGAAGUGCUGUUUGCAAAAUGUGACAAGUCUAACUCGGGCUCCCUGGAAGGUCCUGAGAUCAAACACUUCUAUGACCUGCUGAUAUACCGCGAGGAGAUCGAUGUGAUCUAUGGGAAGUACGCCACUACGGGGGAGCAGAUGAGUGGCAAAGAUCUGCUCCACUUCCUGCUGAACGAGCAGCGUGAGGUGGCCACAAUGGAGGACGCUGUAAGACUCAUAGAGAGAUACGAGCUGGACGAUUCAGCAAAGCAGAAGAACCACAUGACCAAAGAUGGCUUCCUGAUGUACCUGCACCAGGAGGAAGGGUCUAUCUUCAACCCCGCCCACAAGGAGGUGUUCCAGGAUAUGAGCCAGCCAAUCAACCACUACUUCAUCAGCUCCUCCCACAACACCUACCUGAUGGAAGACCAGCUCAAAGGCCACAGCAGCACAGAGGCCUAUAUCAAGGCCCUGAUGAAGAGUUGUCGCUGUGUGGAGUUAGACUGUUGGGACGGGGCCCAUGGAGAACCAAUCAUCUACCAUGGCCACACCCUCACCUCCAAGGUCCUGUUUAAAGACGUCAUUAAGGCCAUCAAGGAGUAUGCCUUCAAGACAUCAGAGUACCCAGUGAUCCUGUCCCUGGAGAACCACUGUACACUGGAGCAGCAGAAACUGAUGGCCAAGCACAUGAUCUCCAUCCUGGGCAGCGCCCUGCUCACCUCCCCCCUGGAGGACCAGAUGCCCACUGCCUUCCCCUCACCCCAGGAGUUGAAGGGUCGGUUCAUCAUCAAGGGGAAACGUCUGAACAAGCUGGAUGCCGUCUUCAGCAAUACUAGUCCUGGAGUAGAGGAAGACUGUGUCUCCGAGGAGGACGAGGCUGCAGAGACCAUCAACUCCAAGACAGACACCAAUGGACAGAAGGCGAAAGACAAGAAGUCAAAGAUCAAGCUAGCCAAGCAGCUGUCUGACCUGGUGAUCUACUGUAAGAGUGUCCACUUCUCAGGGUUUGAGCACGCUAAAGACAACCAGGCCUUCUAUGAGAUGUCCUCCUUUAAAGAGAGCAUGGCUGUUAACCUGGCUGAGACAGCAGGGAAUGCCUUUAUCCACCACAACAUGACCAAGCUGAGCCGUAUCUACCCAGCUGGCUCCAGAACAGACUCCUCCAACUACAACCCUGUUCCCCUGUGGAACGCAGGCUGUCAGAUAGUUGCGCUGAACUUCCAGACUCCCUCUAAGGAGAUGGACCUGAACCAGGGCCGGUUCCGGUCCAACGGGGUGAGUGGAUACGUCCUGAAGCCUGGCUUCCAGAGAUACCCUGGGACAGAGUUUGACCCAAUGACCCUCACCAAGGGACCCUGGCUGAAACGCAAGACCUUUCACAUCAUGGUGAUCUCAGCCCAGCAGCUGCCCAAGUUAAACAAGGACAAGUGUAAAUCCAUCGUGGACCCGCUGGUUAAAGUGGAGAUCUACGGUGUUCCAGAUGACACGUGCAGCAAGGAGACACGCUCCAUCGAGAACAAUGGUUUUAACCCCAUGUGGAAUGAGACGUUCCAGUUUGACAUCCAGGUACCAGAGCUUGCCCUGGUCCGCUUCCUGGUUGAAGACUAUGACUCCACCUCACAGAAUGACCUAAUUGGACAGUACUGCCUGCCACUCACCAGUCUACAGAACGGUUACCGCCACGUCCCUCUUCUCACCAAGCAUGGUGAUGUCAUCCCCUCAGCCGGCUUGUUUGUUCACCUCAUGCUGCUGGAUGCCAAAUAGACCCCGUCCACUUCACACGGACCCCACCAACAUCAAACUAACCCCUCCCACAUACUACUGACUCCUCCCACAUAACACAGACCCCUCCCACACCACUAAGGACUCAUCCGACAUUGUAAUGUCUCUUCUCACACCAAAAGGACUACUCCCACAUCAAACUAACUCCUCCCACAUCACACGGACCCCUGAAAACAUGUGUUUUUGCAUCCAUGCGGUAGGUGGGUCUGACAUGCUAAGUUGCUUUUUUGUACGUGAAUGAUACAAGCAAAGUAAAGGAUCCUUUUGAAAGUAGGUAGUAUGUCCCUAGUCCUAUAGAGAGUAGGUAGUAUGUCCCUAGUCCUAUAGAGAGUAGUUAGUAUGUUGCUGGUCCUAUAGAGAGUAGUUAGUAUGUUGCUGGUCCUAUAGAGAGUAGUUAGUAUGUUGCUGGUCCUAUAGAGUGUAGUUAGUAUGUUGCUGGUCCUAUAGAGGGUUGUUAGUAUGUUGCUGGUCCUAUAGAGAGUAGUUAGUAUGUUGCUGGUCCUAUAGAGAGUAGUUAGCAUGUCCCUAGUCCUAUAGAGAGUAGUUAGUAUGUUGCUGGUCCUAUAGAGAGUAGUUAGUAUGUUGCUAGUCCUAUAGAGAGUAGUUAGUAUGUUGCUGGUCCUAUAGAGAGUAGUUAGUAUGUUGCUGGUCCUAUAGAGUGUAGUUAGUAUGUUGCUGGUCCUAUAGAGAGUAGUUAGUAUGUUGCUGGUCCGAUAGAGGGUAGUUAGUAUGUUGCUGGUCCUAUAGAGAGUAGGUAGUAUGUCCCUAGUCCUAUAGAGAGUAGUUAGUAUGUUGCUGGUCCUAUAGAGUGUAGUUAGUAUGUUGCUGGUCCUAUAGAGUGUAGUUAGUAUGUUGCUGGUCCUAUAGAGAGUAGUUAGUAUGUUGCUGGUCCUAUAGAGUGUAGUUAGUAUGUUGCUGGUCCUAUAGAGAGUAGUUAGUAUGUUGCUGGUCCUAUAGAGAGUAGUUAGUAUGUUGCUGGUCCUAUAGAGAGUAGUUAGUAUGUUGCUGGUCCUAUAGAGUGUAGUUAGUAUGUUGCUGGUCCUAUAGAGAGUAGUUAGUAUGUUGCUGGUCCUAUAGAGUGUAGUUAGUAUGUUGCUGGUCCUAUAGAGUGUAGUUAGUAUAUUGCUGGUCCUAUAGAGUGUAGUUAGUAUGUUGCUGGUCCUAUAGAGUGUAGUUAGUAUGUUGCUGGUCCUAUAGAGUGUAGUUAGUAUGUUGCUGGUCCUAUAGAGAGUAGUUAGUAUGUUGCUGGUCCGAUAGAGAGUAGUUAGUAUGUUGCUGGUCCUAUAGAGAGUAGUUAGCAUGUCCCUAGUCCUAUAGAGAGUAGUUAGUAUGUUGCUGGUCCUAUAGAGAGUAGUUAGUAUGUUGCUAGUCCUAUAGAGAGUAGUUAGUAUGUUGCUAGUCCUAUAGAGAGUAGUUAGUAGUUGCUGGUCCUAUAGAGAGUAGUUAGUAUGUUGCUGGUCCUAUAGAGUGUAGUUAGUAUGUUGCUGGUCCUAUAGAGAGUAGUUAGUAUGUUGCUGGUCCGAUAGAGGGUAGUUAGUAUGUUGCUGGUCCUAUAGAGAGUAGGUAGUAUGUCCCUAGUCCUAUAGAGAGUAGUUAGUAUGUUGCUGGUCCUAUAGAGUGUAGUUGGCAUGUUGCUGGUCCUAUAGAGAGUAGUUAGUAUGUUGCUGGUCCUAUAGAGAGUAGUUAGCAUGUUGCUGGUCCUAUAGAGGGUUGUUAGCAUUUUGCUGGUCCUAUAGAGAGUAGUUAGUAUGUUGCUGGUCCUAUAGAGGGUAGUUAGUGUGUUGCUGGUCCUAUAGAGGGUAGGUAACAUGUUGCUGGUCCUAUAGAGGGUAGGUAACAUGUUGCUGGUCCUAUAGAGAGUAGUUAGUAUGUUGCUGGUCCUAUAGAGUGUAGUUAGCAUGUUGCUGGUCCUAUAGAGAGUAGUUAGUAUGUUGCUGGUCCUAUAGAGAGUAGUUAUCAUGUUGCUGGUCCUAUAGAGGGUAGGUAACAUGUUGCUGGUCCUAUAGAGGGUAGGUAACAUGUUGCUGGUCCUAUAGAGGGUAGGUAACAUGUUGCUGGUCCUAUAGAGGGUAGUUAACAUGUUGCUGGUCCUAUAGAGGGUAGGUAACAUUUUUCUGGUCCUAUAGAGGGUAGUUAGUAUGUUGCUGGUCCUAUAGAGUGUAGUUAGUAUGUUGCUGGUCCUAUAGAGUUUAGUUAGUAUGUUGCUGGUCCUAUAGAGGGUAGGUAACAUGUUGCUGGUCCUAUAGAGUGUAGUUAGUAUGUUGCUGGUCCUAUAGAGGGUAGGUAACAUGUUGCUGGUCCUAUAGAGUGUAGUUAACAUGUUGCUGGUCCUAUAGAGGGUAGGUAACAUGUUGCUGGUCCUAUAGAGGGUAGUUAGUAUGUUGCUGGUCCUAUAGAGUGUAGUUAGUAUGUUGCUGGUCCUAUAGAGGGUAGGUAACAUGUUCCUGGUCCUAUAGAGUGUAGUUAGUAUUUUGCUGGUCCUAUAGAGGGUAGGUAACAUGUUGCUGGUCCUAUAGAGAGUAGUUAGUAUGUUGCUGGUCCGAUAGAGGGUAGUUAGUAUGUUGCUGGUCCUAUAGAGGGUAGGUAACAUGUUGCUGGACCUAUAGAGGGUAGUUAGUAUGUUGCUGGUCCUAUAGAGUGUAGUUAGUAUGUUGCUGGUCCUAUAGAGGGUAGUUAACAUGUUGCUGGUUCUAUAGAGUGUAGUUAGCAUGUUGCUGGUCCUAUAGAGGGUAUUUAACAUGUUGCUGGUCCUAUAAAGGGUAGUUAGUAUGUUGCUGGUCCUAUAGAGGGUAGUUAGUAUGUUGCUGGUCCUAUAGAGGGUAGGUAACAUGUUGCUGGUCCUAUAGAGGGUAGUUAGUAUGUUGCUGGUCCUAUAGAGGGUAGUUAACAUGUUGCUGGUCCUAUAGAGGGUAGUUAGUAUGUUGCUGGUCCUAUAGAGGGUAGUUAGUAUGUUUCUGGUCCUACAGAGGGUAGUUAACAUGUUGCUGGUCCAAAAGAGGGUAGUUAGCAUGUUGCUGGUCCUAUAGAGGGUAGUUAGUAUGUUGCUGGUCCUAUAGAGGGUAGUUAACAUGUUGCUGGUCCUAUAGAGGGUAGUUAACAUGUUGCUGGUCCUAUAGAGGGUAGUUAGUAUGUUGCUGGUCCUAUAGAGGGUAGUUAACAUGUUGCUGGUCCUAUAGAGGGUAGGUAACAUGUUGCUGGUCCUAUAGAGGGUAGUUAACAUGUUGCUGGUCCUAUAGAGAGUAGUUAGUAUGUUGCUGGUCCUAUAGAGGGUAGGUAACAUGUUGCUGGUCCUAUAAAGGGUAGUUAGUAUGUUGCUGGUCCUAUAGAGGGUAGUUAUCAUUCCUCCAGUCAUGCGUUGAGGUGAUUUAGAGAGGUAUAGAAGUAUUACUGACGUCUACUAGUGCCUUUUUAAUCAGAGACUAAAGGGAAUCAGGUAGACAAAACUAUCUAUGGAUUGUAAAAAUAAAAAAAAGCAGACUUGAUGCUUUAAAAAACAUAUGACUAAAACAUUCUUAAAGUUUAUCUGUUGUUUAUUUUAUAGGACAGAAGGUUUUGCUUCCUAACUGUUACCAUGACACAAUAUCACUGUUUCAUUCUGCUGUUAAUACAUGUUACUUUAACCCUCCUUGUCUCUUCAAACAACGAAAACAUUAUGGUUCAAUUGUACAAACAGCAUUGUGUCUUUAUAAAAUGUGUUUUUUUUGCAAAAUGACAAUGUUUAAAAAUAAAUGUUUUAAAUGAUUAUUCUGCUAUAAAUAAUCAGCCAAAAAAACAUUAUUAUUAUUAUUAAACAGCAAUGGACAAAUGAGGAA